ACUCGUGUCCCUCAUGGACAUGGCGGUGCUCUCUGCGUCUCGUAUUACAGGAGACACCGGCGCAGAUUCAUCCAAGCUUUACUGUUCAGGACAUGGUUAACAAUGUGCUAUUUUUCAAAAGUUGACGGAGGAAAUCAGAUGUAUGGGACAAUAUCCUUAACUGGGGCUACGAAAACCGGGGACACCUGUGACUCUUUCCCAAGUACGCAGCCUUGAGCUCAAGAAUAUUUGAAAUCUAUUUACAGCAGCCGCUGAGUAAGGUGAACUGCUCUCAACGAGACAUGAUCCCGACGCGGAGCUGCACUCUCCAAGACUGGGUUUUAUUUUAAAAUAACAUUACAUUUCGACUAUCGAAAUGGAUCGUGCUUUGAAAGGGGAACGUGAGGGGGCAGAGCCAGAGAUGGAGGAAAUGCAGGACUUGGGGUCAGGAAUAAUGGAUCUCAACGACGAAGAGGAGAUUGAGGAACUUCAUAAAAGUUUAAAGGAAGUUGUGCAAGAUCCAUCAGUGAAGCCUAAACUCCAAUGCCUGAUGGUGGACCCGUCGUUCUCCAUGGUGACGGUACAGAGUGAGGACAGUGGGAUCGUAUGGGAGACUGCUUCCAGUAGAUGCUCAACUCCAUGGGCUUCAGAGGGAAGCUCGCCGUCUGAACAGUACAGCCUGGAAGGUUCUGGAACACAGGGAAAUAUUGUCAUCAUAAUGGAUGAAGACAGAAUUAAGAGGAAAAAGACAAGCAGCAGAGGCAAGCUGGGUGACCGAUUUAAAAAGUCGAGCACCAGACUACCAAAAAGUCGGAUAGGUGAGGAAAGACCAGCAAUGAUUGAAGUGUCUCUGCCCAAUAUCAGAUCUGAAAACAAUGAGGAUGGUCAGUCUGCUGUAAGCAAGGAUCAAGAUCUUUUUAGUUUGAUAUCAGAAGGUUUCGAAAUACUCAAUAUUGUUGUACCUUCAAAGCUCGCUACAGUAGAUGAGGAAGAUAGUGGCGAACUGGUGGAAAAUUUGGCCUACUUGAAUGAUACCCCAAAGAUAAAGUCCAAACAUAAGCAUGAGCCUGUUGCAACAAACAGUUGUCCUGAGAACACAGACAUUGAGGAAACUGAACAAAAUGAAAGCUUGAAGAAAUCAUCCCAGAUCUCUGCUGAUAAGCAACCAAAGAAGGAUGAAACUCACAUGGACUAUCUCGAAAAAUUCACAUUGUUAGAUGAGCAGGCUCCUAGUGAUAACACUACACUGACAGAAAAACUACCAGAAGUUACUGUCCAGCCAGAAGAACCUCAGGUGACUCAGAAAGAACAAAAAACAGAUGAAGCUAUUGAUGAGGAUUCUUUUGUAAUUAUCAGUGACGUAGAAAUUGCAGGUGAACAUCUUGAUGAAGUGUUCUAUGGAAAUAAGUUCAAUGCAGAGCCUGUGGUUCCUCAUGAGUGUGAUGAGCAAAAUGGAGGAACAGCAAAGGAGAUCUCUAAAACUCUGAAAGAGACUGGAUCAGUUUUAUUUGGAAGUCAAGAAUGUAUUCUCACACCUGUAUACCUCCCCACCGGACCACCAAAAAUCAUAGAUCAAGUUCUUCUUGAGGAGCCACGAGCAAUGUCCUUCCACUACUCAGACCUUUAUGAGGACGCGUUAGGAGACCGAAAGAAAGAAGACGAAUUCUCAGAUACGGAGAGUGUUGUUUCCGAAAGGUCUUUCAAAAGGCGAUACUCUGAUUCAGAUGACGGAGAUGGUUAUCUGGAGAAAUUCAUAUUGAAGGAUGAAACACCAGUGGUUGCUAAUGUAUCUGAUGCAAAAGAGCAGGAGGAUGGUGGAAAAUUUGCAUGGUCACAAAGUAAAUUCGAACUCACUGGAUGUUUAGAAAGAGCUCAAGAAGAAAAUGAGGAAGUAACUGCAGAACAACCAUGUACUCAGGAUAAAAAUGAAAGUGAAGUGCAGUGUGAGUCCACAGGGUGUUGCUCAGAUGGGCACUGUGCUCCGAGAAUCCAACCAGAAAUGGAGAAGAUCAUUAGAAGUAAGGUCACAUCAGAUGACUUGGCUGCAAAGCAUAGUAGGACAGAUGAGAAGCAAUGCGAUGUCACUGUCAUUAUCAAAGACAGUAUUGCAAGAAAAAGUGACCCUGAAGACACACAACCUCAAGAAGUGGUUCAGGUCCUUGAGCCAGAAACCAUAACCACCACUAAAGAACACAGUGUACAUGAACAAAUAAGUCAGAAUGCUCAUAUUCAAGUGCCUGGGGGUUUAGUGCAUGACGAUGAUAUUAAAGCUAAAGAUGAAUUUGAAGUUCUGCCUGAAACAAAGAGCUCAGAGAAAAUCCAGGCUGGUGCACCACAUGCAGUUGAAAAUAUUAGUGUUUCUGAGACUAGUGCGGAUAAACUUCACAAAGAAACUGAUGUUGUUGCUGACAUUAAGGAAAGUAGUAUCAUUGCUAAAAAUGACACAGGAAAAACUAGUAAAUCCCAGACACAAUACAAGAUUUUAGAGCCAGAUAUAACUCAAAAGAUUGAUAAAGACAUAGUAAAAGAGGAAGCACCAGAAAUAUUUUCUCAGGAGAUUAUCAGCAUCAAAGAACCUCUGUUAGAUAUAACAGAACCUCCAAAAACUGAAAAACCUUUAAAAGUAGAGGUCAAGCCUUCAGAAGAGACUGAAACAAGCACAACAGAUGCUACUAAAAUCAAACCUUCUGCUUCUAAAGCCUUAGAAAUUGACUCUCACAUUUGUGAGAAUGGAGAAAUACUUGCUGGGGUUGAGGAUAAAGUGAGUGAAGGAUUAAUACCCAAGAAGGAGGAACAAAAGCAAGUGCUUGACAGAAUUGGUGCAGCACAAAAGGUUGAGGCCUGUGUCGGGAUAGCAGAAGUGUUAACAGAACUUGAAAUGAGGCCAGAGUCUGAAAUUACAUCAGUUCAGAGAGCUUCGGAAAAAUCACAUUUGUGUGAAAUGGAUACAGCAAACACUGAGCUUCAGACUAAACCUGAGAUUAUAAAUGAGGAGAAAAUAUAUCCAGAAUUACAAAAUGAAUUUAGUGCAAAAAAUGAGAAAGCCGAAGCCGACAGGCCAAAAAAUGAGGCACCAGUGCUAAAGCAAAAGUUGGAAAAGCAAAAGGGACAUAUUGACGUACCUGAGAUUGAACCUGGGCUUGCAGAAAAACAUGGGAAAGUUGAGAAAAUUAAGGUAGAUGUUACAAAGGAAGCAAAGCAGAAAGUUGGCACCACAAAAGAGCCAGUUCAGAAUGAGAUACCUGCUGAGAAGAGAGUGCGAACAGAAAUGAAAGAAACAACUGAUUCAAGCCAAGAAUGUAGCUUAUUGUUACCUAAUGACAUGAAACCAUCUGCUCGAGAGAGCAUAGAGCUAAAGAGAGUAACAGAAGAUGUAGAAGACUCAUCAAAAGUAAGACUCUCACCUGUUGUACCAACAAAAGAGGUACAGGUAGAAGAAGAUAGCGAAAUAAAAAAGGUGGCUAUAUUAACCAAAGAGAUCCCAGUGAAAGAGUCAUCUCUUGGUGGGUCAGAUAUUGAGAGCAAGGCGUUACCUCUGACCUCAACAGAGACUUCAGAGGAAGGAAAGAAAACACAAAUGAAUGAUACGAAGAUGGAAGAUAUAACAGACCUUCCAGAACCCAUUUCACCUCCUCCUCUGGUUGAGGAGGACGACACCUCAGCAAUGAGAGUCUCACCUUUAGAGCCAAAGGAUAGUGUGAAAGUUUACGAAGGUAUACAAAGAGGAGGAAGCCUAAGUAGGAAUAAAGUCUUCUCACAAUUGCGAAGUUUUACCCCUCAGGAGGACCUGUCUGCCUUGAGCUGUGACCAAGAUUUACCGCAGGAAAUAGCGGAGGAGCUUGAUUUUGAGAUGGUCACCGAACAAGAGGCAAGACAAUCUGAACAAGCUAUAGCCGAGGAUGUACACUGUGAAAAAGUUGGACUGUUUGAUCAAACUCUGGAAACCAGCUUUGAAUUUGUUGAGGAUUUAGAUAGUACCCAGAUGGCAGAAUAUGAACAAGAGGAAAUUCAACCAAUGGAUGCAUUUUGCCUUGUUUGUCGUUGCCCGGUACUGUUGAGUGAAGCUGAGCAUCAAAACCACGAGAAGGCCUCUUUGGAUGAGGCCUUUGACAGUAUCAAGAAUGAGCUGGGUGAACUGAUAUCAGUUUUACAAGGAAGAUCAGAGAACAUUGAAGACUUUGUGUCCGAACUUGAGCUGGCUUACAACACAGUGGAGGAGAACUUUAAUGAUUGUGAGAAGAUCAUAAAAGAGCACAAUGAGGAGGUGGUGAAGCUGUUGAUGGAUCAGUAUAAUGAGAUGUCUCAGGCCAUGGAGGAGGAGAAAAAGGCCAAACUGGAGCAGCUGUACGACCAGAUUGUUUCGUUCCAGGAGAAUAUUGACAAGGCCAAGGAGACUAUGGAGAUGACAGCUAAGGAGGAGGAAGAGACAGACCCGCUUAAGUUUCUUUCUUCAUCAAAAGAUAUCAAUAUGAGGCUGAAUACAGCUUUGGAAUCCACCAUGUCACUUGAACUUGGUCCACGAGGGCUGCUAGUUUUUGAGGAUUAUGCCAAGGGCAAAUCAGGCAAUGGGAAGAAAAACAGACAAGCCAUUCCAGUGCCUCAAAAACCACAUCUUCAGCCUCAACAGGCCAAUUCUGCAACCAGCACUGCUGUUACUGUGUACUGGAAAGUCAAUGAGGAUGACAUUAUUGACUGCUUCCAAGUCUACUGCAUGGAAGAGCCCCAAGGAGCGAUCUCAGAGGAAUACAGGGUGACUGUGAAGGAGAGCUACUGUAAUCUAGAAGAGCUGGAACCGGAUAAGUGUUAUAAAGUGUGGGUGAUGGCGGUGAACUACACAGGCUGCAGCAUGCCGAGUGAGAGACUACCCUUCAGAACCGCUCCUUCUGUCCCGGUGAUCCAGACAGAGCAGUGUACAGUGCUGUGGGACACGGCCACGCUGCGUUGGAGCGCCGUGCAGCCCAGCGCUGUGGACAGCUUCACAUUGGAGUACUGCCGCCAAUACGCAUGUGAGAGAGAGGGACUGAGAUCCAUAUCUGGGAUAAAAGGCUAUGACCAGAGGGUCCUCCUUCAGCCCAAUGAAAAUUACCUCUUCUACAUCAAAUCAGUGAAUGCCGGAGGGGCCAGUGAGCAGAGCGAGGCGGCCCUUAUCUCCACCAGAGGUACAAGGUUACACUUCAUCAGCGAAACGGCCAACUCGGUGCUAAAGGUUUCAGAGGACACGAGCUCAGUAGAGUACCCAUAUGAUGUCUACAAUAAAACGUCUUCUGUCAUAGAAUGUCCAGCUGUUAUGGCUGAGCUUUUACCUUCCCUUGGACAUUACUACUGGGAGACGGAGGUGUCAAAGUGCAAAGCCUACCGCGUUGGCAUUACUUAUCCAAAUGUGUCACAAAGCAGCAGACUGGGAGAGAACAGUGCCUCCUGGUGUCUGCACUGUGUACCUACAUCUUUAAGCUGCAGAUUUGAGCUGCUUCAUGACCGUGUGGAGUCUGACAUCUUUGUCAUGGACAUACCUGCCCGGAUCGGCACUCUUUUGGACUUCAGUCAGGGUCGGCUGCUCUUCUUCAAUGCUCAGAACGGCCAGCUCUUGGGCACUUUUCGGCACCCCUUCACUCAGCCUUGCCAGCCUGCGUUCGUCCUGGAGCAGCCGGGCACUUUAGAACUAAAAAUGACCAUGGAGGUGCCGGAGUUUGUUAAGCACUGCUAGUUUACAUGACUGAUGUCUCAAAACUCUGGGCUUGCUUGUGUGACAGGAUAUGAAUCAAGUGGUUCUUUCUUAAUAGUGAUAAAAUGAAACCAUGUUUUGCUGUCAUCUGAAUAAUUGCUCAGUUGUAACUGAAGAGAUUAUGAGGAAUAUUUAGUUAGGGUGACCAUAAUGAAAGAUAUUUAGUCAAGGAGACCGCACAUACUCUUCUUCCCGGACAUGUCCUGGCCACAAUUUUGGGCUUUGUUUUCCUAUUGUGUUCAAACUUGCUGAAGUUGAUGAACGAUAGUGUGCAUAAUCGACCAAUCAGAACGGUCAAAGCAAUGUAUGAAGAGGAAAACAUCCAUAGGAAAACAAAGCCAGAACCCAGACAUUUUAGGCAAUUUAGAAAUCCUGGCUAGGACAUGUCCAGGAAACAGGACAUAUGGUCACUCUAAUUUAGUUUUGUGAAAGGAAGGAUUGUUUUUGAAGCUGUGCUUUUGAAUCCCUCCAAAAAACCUUUUUUUUUUUUUUGGAGCUGAGCUGUUGCGCUGUUCUUGUAUAUAUGAAACAGAAAGUGCAUGCGACCAGUUUUGUUUCUUAUCGUACAGUAUGUGACGAUCUCCUGGAUCACAUGAUGUGCUGACAUUCACGUUCAGAGGCAGUUUAUUUAUUUUGGAAGCUGCAGGCUUCCAGGUUGUUUGAAUAAAACAGACGCUGGCACUGAUAAUAAUGCUUACAUAGCUAAACGGAGACACGUGUUUUUUCGAGAUGAUGGGCAAGGCAUCACAAAUGAGUGAUGAAAAUAUUUAUUUUUCUGUGGUUUAGUGUAUUUACAUGAUUUGGUAGGAAAAGGUUAUUUCACUGUUUCCAUUUAAAAUUUUUGGUGGCCUGGAUCUCACUUAAUCAAAAACUUUUUAGUUCAGAUUUGAGUUUUCUCUUCCAGUGGAUCACCACUGUAUCAGAUCGUUCACUGUAUGAUCGUCAAAAUCCGUUAAAAAUUACAUUUAAAUUCUAUUUAUUGUCUAAUGCCAACAUACUGUAUGGAUGGCGCUUAAUUUUCAAGUUGUUUGGUGUCUGUUUUGUAAAAUUAUUCUUUUAAGUGUUUCUGUUGUCUAAUUAUUUAGUAGUGAUAUGAAUUAGUCUACUUGUAUAUUUAUUUGUAUUUCUGGAAACAACUGGACUGAAUUAAAAUGUUAACAAUGCUUCUGAAUAUUUUUAGUGUCAGUAAGAUGUUUUACUAUCAGAGAGGAUUUAAUAAAGAAUUAAGCUGACAGAUGAAUUCAGAUUUUAAAAAGUUUGGGGUCAGUUAGAUUUUAAAUGUUUAGGCUCAGGUUUAUAUAUAUAUAUAUAUAUAUAUAUAUAUAUAUAUAUAUAUAUAUAUAUAUAUAUAUAUAUAUAUAUAUAUAAUGAAUAUUUAAUGUUAUUUUAUUAUUUCAUAAAUUAUUAUGGCAAUUUACAAUUGCUUUAAUGUAACAUUAAUGUAUUUUUAAAAUGUACUUUAUUCCUAUGAUUCAAAUCUGAAUUCCCAGCAGCCCUUACUCCAGUCUCACACGAUUACGUGAAAUCAUACUAAUAUGAUACUAAUUCAAUGUUCACUAAUGUUAUAGACAGUUGUGCUGCAAAAGUUUGAACAAUUUUUUUCAGGAGUCCGAGGUGGAUAAAAGCAUUUUUUGAAAGGCAUUUGUGUAGUGAUUUUUACAUUUAAAUGUUUACUUUCUUUUUAUUACAAAUACAUUUUUAUAAAAUCUUACUGACCCUAAAUUAUUUAUCGGUGGGUGUUAUUAAACAUUCUUCUUUUUAGCCAUAAUAUUACUAUUAAUAAUAAUAUUGUAAUUAAUCAUAGAUGGUGGGUGGGGGUGGGGUAACCAGCAAAACAAAGGAUGAAAAAAAAGUCCUGUCCUUUCCAUUUUGUUGAGGGUGAAUGUGAAUAUUUGGGGAGCGGUGAGUUGUAAUAGCUUCCAUGUGACAUCCAAACAGCUGUCCUAUAGCUGACUCUCUCUUACUGCCACAUUUAAAUGAUGAAUGAAUGGAAAGUUGUGCAAUAUGUUAGUAUUGUUCAUUCAGAGAGACAAAUAAAUUGUCAGGAUUUAUCUACAAUACUUUCCACUGUACAAAUAAAAAAAUGUAGCAGUUUUCCCUUUGGCGUAAGCAACUAAAAAUACAUAAAGAAUAAAAAUAAUAAGUUAAAACAU